CAGCGCCUGUGACACUGACUUGACGACAGCUCAAUCUCAGCAUGCGGAAUGAUUUCACGCUUAUCUGACGUGUUCUGGAGAAUCAGUCUUGGACGCCCACCAACAUUCCAUCGUGCAUUUGUCACAUCCCUUCUGCUCAAACGCGGGUGCCCGGAUAUCUCGACGCUGAACCCGACUCAUCUGUCACGGAAUGACCUCUGCAACUUCUCGGGUAUGGUUGCAGUAAGCCUCCCGGAAGAGGGCGUUUACACACAACGUUUCAAGUACUCACGGGUUGGCAAAGUCAAUAUUCCCUUCCCUAUGUCCUGUAGAGGAUUUCUUUACUAUUGGACACACCCCGAUCUUCCUGCCGGUAGCGGUGGUAUUCGCUUUCGCAUCACUCCAGAGGGCGAACCGUCCUUAUUUAGCUUGGGGAAAGACCUAUGCUUGCCUAACGGCUCGCCGUGGUCGAUUCCGCUGCACAAGUUAGUGGAGGGAAAUGGGGAACUGCUGCGGCUGCUGUUAAAAGACAAGCUAGUUGACCGAAAUUUGAUCGGGUCGGAAUAUAUACGCGCCCUCCUGAAGCUACGCUUGAAGAAGGAUUCGGUACUCCUCCAGUCCUUGGAAGAAUCAUUUCCUCUAUGCCUUCCCCAAGGUUCGGUGCGCUUGCACCUAUUGUCCGAACAUCAUCAGGCUGAAAAGGUGUUGUUCUCUUUCAAGCCCAUGCCUGAAUUUCGGAGACUUGUCGAACCUGGACAACAAGUCUACGCUCAUGUUCGGCUUGAGGUUACCCGACGCAACACCCCGACCAACCGUCUCCGGGUUCGAUUUCGCAUCUUGCGUGUCUUUGAACAGGGUAUCCUGCUUGAUGGCGAAUUCCCGCCAAUCGAGUGCAGAUCUGUGGUCAAUGUUUCUGCUUUUAAAUUUUGGCUUCAAGAUAAACACGUAGCACUUGAAAUCUAAAAUUUUUGCCGCCAAUUGAAUGAUAUUCCACGAGAUCGGGUCUCAUUCAUUAUCAAUUGUUCAGUGCUGUUUAUAAUUCCAUUUGGCAUGGAUCGACAUAGGCAGCCAUGCUAAUUCUGAUGACUUCCAAGUUUUUGAAACAGGAGCAGCAAGG